AUGUCUAACCCCUUACGUAUCUUUGUUCCUGUUAAGCGUGUUGUUGACUAUGCUGUCAAGGUACGUGUCAACGCCACCAAGACUGACGUUGACCGUAACGUCAAGCACAGUAUGAACCCCUUUGAUGAAAUUGCCGUUGAAGAAGCUGUCCGUAUUAAGGAAAAGUCUCCCAAGACUGAAGUUGUUGCUAUUUCUUGUGGUACUGCCAAGUCCCAAGAAACCCUCAGAACUGCUUUAGCUAUGGGUGCUGACCGUGCUGUUCACGUUGAAGUCAAGGACGACAGUACACUUCAGCCUUUGGCUGUUGCCAAGUUAUUAAAGGCUAUUGCUGAUAAGGAAGCAGAGAAGCCUGAUCUUUUCAUCUUGGGUAAGCAAGCUAUUGAUGACGAUGCCAGUCAAACUGGACAAAUGCUCGCCGGUUUGCUCAACUGGCCACAGACUGCUUUCGCUUCUAAAGUUGAGAUCAAUGGUAAGGACUUGAAGGUUGUUCGUGAAAUUGAUGGUGGUCUUGAGACUGUUGCUACCAAGUUGCCUGCCAUCAUCACUACUGAUUUGCGUCUUAAUGAACCUCGUUAUGCUUCUCUUCCCAACAUCAUGAAGGCCAAGAAGAAGCCUUUGGUUAAGCUUACACCUGAAGAUCUCGGUGUUGAUAUCUCACCUCGUCUUCAAACAUUAAAGGUUGAAGAACCUGCUAAGCGUGUUGGUGGUCGUAAAGUCGAGAAUGUGGACGAAUUGGUUGAUAAGUUGCGCAACGAAGCCAAAGUCUUUGCUGAUGCUGCAGAGUUUUGUCCUUUUGAGGAUCAUGCUAACUAUUUAGCAGUCGGUACUUAUCAACUCACGGACGAGCAGCAAGAAAAGGUGCGCGUUAGAAAAGGAAAGACCUAUUUAUUUGACGUGACAAAAGGACUUAUACCAACGCAAGUAAUUGAGACACCUGCUGUACUUGACAUGAAGUGGAGUCAUGCCCUUAUAGACGACAAACAAGUUUUAGGUAUUGUUGACUCCAUAGGUGGUUGUCAUAUGUAUGGCUUUGAUGACCAAGAUCAAUUGCAACUUAUGGAUCAUUUUCAGGCAACAGACGAUACAAGUGUUCUUUGCUUAUCCCUAGAUUGGGCUAGUCGUGUCAAUCGAUCAGAUAGGCGUAUUGUUACUUCUCACUCAAAUGGUGAUAUCAAUAUUUUAGCACCUGCAGAAACCGGAUACCAAAUACAAGAUCAAUGGCACGCACAUGACCUGGAAGCAUGGAUUACUGCUUUUGAUUAUUGGAACACAAAUAUUGUGUACUCAGGAGCUGACGAUGGCCUCUUUAAAGGCUGGGAUACACGUACACAGACAACCACUUUUGUUUAUAAACGACACGCAAUGGGCGUUACUACCAUGCAAUCCAACCCUCAUCAAGAAUUUCAAUUGGCUACAGGAAGUUACGAUGAAACAAUCUAUUUCUGGGACACCCGUGCGAUGAGACAGCCAUUACAUACAUUCCAGACACCUGGUGGGGGUAUAUGGCGACUCAAGUGGCAUCCAACCCGGUCUAAUCGAUUAUUGUCUGCUUCCAUGCAUGCAGGUGCAUUUGUGGUUGAUGUAAACACUGAAAACACACAAGCUCAACUGGCAACAAGCUUCUUGGAUCAUAAUUCCAUGGCUUAUGGAGCUGAUUGGUCUUUUGCUGACCCAGAGUUAGUGGCGUCUUGUUCUUUUUAUGAUCAUGUCUUACAUCUCUGGAAAUCAACAGCUCAGUAA